AGAUUGGGCGGUGAAUCCGGUAUCCUCAAACUAAGGAGCAUCAGAUUAAAGAAAAAGAGAAUCUUACAAUCACAUUGGUAAUUGCGCGACAAAAUACCGCUUUAAGGCGACUACGAUCAGCUAAGUGGGCGGGCGUAGACAUGGUUGGUUACUAUUCAUUCAUCUCACCAUUUCCAGGCGCUGGGAUUGGUUGGGUGAUGAGAGUCUGUUUUGUUCCGGCAAUUGAGAUCGCAGCGCGUUGCUAGGGAUAGGUGUGGACGAACAAUCAACAGUUGCAAGCUCUUCUUAACUUCUUGUGAAUAUCAUCAUGUCUGACAUUGCAAAAGAUAAGGCAGCUCGUUUACUGAAAAAGCGAGGCAGUUUGUCAUCACUGAGCAGCCAUGGCCUCAUUUCAAAGGAGAAAGUGGAGCAGCAAAAGGACUGCAUGAGUACAGUGUCGUAUAUGGAUGAUCCGGGCCAUCAUGAUGACAAUCCACGGUUGGCACUGCAAAUGGAAAAUACAUAUCAGUUAGAACCGUCAAUAUAUUUUCCAGAGACCAUUGUGAGCAAUAUUCUCAAAGAUGUCCUGAUGAGCUACUUGCAAGAGGAAAAAUACGAACCUGAACUCUGCAGACAAAUGACCAAAACUAUCUCUGAAGUUAUAAAAGCUCGAGUAAAGGACCUCAUGAUUCCACGGUACAAGAUUAUUGUUCUAAUCCACAUUGGACAGCUGAAUGAACAGAGCAUGCGGAUUGGCAGUCGUUGUCUCUGGAACGCCAACACAGACACAUUUUCUUCUUUCUCUUUCAGUAACCGAUCGCUUUUUGCUGUUGCUAAUGUUUAUGCCGUGUACUUUGAGUGAAAUACAUCUGUGCAAUGCAACGGAAACUUCAGUCAGAGAAAAUAUAAAACUCAUAGAACAACAAUUUGGGAAAAAUAAAUAUGCCAUUUGUCAUCAUUGGUACUUAACAUAUCAA